AUGGCAGAAUUACCACCAUUAUACCCAAACAUCUACCUAAAGCAGACUUAUUACAAAGCUCACACAAAGUUGACUUCUGAGGGAUUUACUGUAAAACAAGCUGAUGAAGAUGCGGACGCCCUCAUUGUUAAUACAGCCAUUGAAGAAUCCUCCAAGACUGACUCUGUAACAGUAGUUGAAGAAGAUGCAGACCUGGUAAUCAUGACCGCUUUAGCAGGGUCACAAAAUAACAUAAACUUCCUAAACUCUGAUGUAAACAUAGAUGUAGAGGAAUCUGAUGACCCCACGGAUGAAAUACAAGAAAUCUUCUUAGUGCCAGAAGGCAGAGCAAGUAAUAAACCAGCAAUGCAAGAAGCUGCAGAGUUACAUCCAGUGCCUGUUCCUGGAAAAGUUGGGUCUCGGGACCUUGGGAUGGACGACCGAGCAGGUCAGGAUUACGCUGCUUCUCCCAAAAGGCUUUACGAAGUCCUUGUCGUUGCCUACAAGGGAGGGCUUCGACCUUACGAUGGCAAGUGGAGUCUUCCACUCAUUCUGGGCCCAGUGGAGUCUUCCACUCCUUCUGGGCCCAGGGGAGUCUUCCACUCAUUCUGGCCCCAGGGGAGUCUUCCACUCAUUCUGGGACAUGGGAGUCUUCCACUCAUUCUGGGACAGGGGAGUCUUCCACUCAUUCUGGGCCAGGGAUGUCCUCCACUCAUUCUGGGCCAAGGGAGUCUUCCACUCAUUCUGGGACAGGGGACAGGGGAGUCUUCCACUCCUUCUAGCCACGAGAGUUCCUCCCUCAUUCUGGGCCAAGGGGGUCUUCAACUCAUUCCUGGGACGGGAGUCUUCCAAUCAUGUCUGGGACAAGGGAGUUACUUCACACUCAUUCUGGGACAAGGGGAUGUCUUCAUCAUAUCUGGGGACAGGAAGUCUUCCACUCAUUCUGGUGCUAAGGGAGUCCUUCCAACUCAUUCUGUGACAAGGGAGUCCUUCCACUUCAUUUCUGGGACGGGAAGUCCUUCCAACUCAUUCUGGGGGUCAAGGGAGUUCCUUCCACCUCAUUCUGGGACAGGGAAGUCCUUCCACUCAUUCUGGGACCAAGGGAUCCCUCCACUCAUUCUGGGCCAAGGGAGUCUCCACUCAUUAAUCCGUGGGACAAGGGGAGUCUUCCCUGGCUCAAUUCUGGUGGCAGGGAGACUCACUCAUUCUGGGGUACAAAGGAGUCUUCCACUCAUUCUGGUGCACGGGAGACUUCCACUCAUUCUGGUACAAAAGGAGUCUUUCCACUCAUUCCUGCCAAGGAGUCUUCCACUCAUUCUGGGACGGGAAGUCUUCCACGGGCAAUUUGGGAACAGGGGAAGUUCUUCACUCAUUCUAGGCCAAGAGAGUCCUCCACUCAUUCUGGGCCAAGGAGUCUUCCACUCAUCUGGACAGGGGAGUCUUCCCCUCAUUCUGGGACAGGGAGUCUUCCACUAUUCUGCGCCAAGGGAGGUCUUCCACUCUACUGGGACAGAGUCUUCCACUCAUUUGUGCAAGGGAGUUUCACUCAUUCUGGGGGACAAGGGAGUCUUCCACUCAUUCUGGGACAGGGAAUCUGCCACUAUUCUGGGACCAAGGAGUCUCUCCCCUCCUUCUGGGUCAAGGGAGUCUUCCACUCAUUCUGGGACAGGGAAGUCUUCCACUCAUUCUGGGACAAGGGAGUCUUCCACUCAUUCUGGGACAAGGGAGUCUUCCACUCAUUCCGGGACAGGGGAGUCUUCCACUCAUUCUGGUGCAAGGGAGACUUCCACUCAUUCUGGUACAAAGGAGUCUUCCACUCAUUCUGGUGCAAGGGAGACUUCCACUCAUUCUGGUACAAAGGAGUCUUCCACUCAUUCUUGGCCAAGGGAGUCUUCCACUCAUUCUGGGACAGGGGAGUCUUCCACUCAUUCUAGGCCAAGAGAGUCCUCCACUCAUUCUGGGCCAAGGGAGUCUUCCACUCAUUCUGGGACAGGGGAGUCUUCCACUCAUUCUGGGACAAGGGAGUCUUCCACUCAUUCUGGGACAAGGGAGGUCUUCCACUCAUACUGGGACAGGGAAGUCUUCCAUCUUUGGUGCAAGGGGAUCUCCACUCAUUCUUUGCAAGGAGUCUUCCACUCAUUCUGGGACAAGGGAGUCUUCCACUCAUUCUGGGACAAGGGAGUCUUCCACUCAUUCUGGGACAGGGAAGUCUUCCACUCAUUCUGGGAAAAGAGAGUCUUCCACUCAUCUGGACAUGGAGUCUUCCACUCAUUCCUGGGACAGGAGUCUUCCACUCAUUCUGGUGCAAGGGAGACUUCCACUCAUUCUGGUACAAAGGAGUCUUCCACUCAUUCUGGUGCAAGGGAGACUUCCACUCAUUCUGGUACAAAGGAGUCUUCCACUCAUUCUUGGCCAAGGGAGUCUUCCACUCAUUCUGGGAAAGGUGUGUCUUCCACUCAUUCUGGGACAAAGGAGUCUUCCACUCAUUCUGGGACAGGGGCGUCUUCCACUCAUUCUGGUGCAAGGGAACUUCCACUCAUUCUGGGACAGGGGAGUCUUCCACUCAUUCUGGGGCAGUGGGUAGUCUUCACUCAUUCUGGUGACAGGGGAGUCGUUCCACUCCUUCUGGUGCAAGGGAGACUUCCACCUCAUUCUGGGGACAGGGGAGUGCUUCCACUCAUUCUGGGACCCAGGGGUAGGUCUUCCACUCAUUUCUGGGACAUGGGGAGUCUUCCCGCACUCCUUCUGGGUGCAAGGGAGUACUUCCACUCAUUCUGGGACAGGGGAGUCCUUCCACUCAUUCUGGGACAGUGGAGUCUUCCACUCAUUCUGGGACACGGGGACAGGGAGUCCUUCCACUCAUUCUGGGUACAAUGGAGUCGUUCCACUCAUUCUGGGACAGUGGAGUUCUUUUCCACUUCAUUCCUGGGACAAUGGAGUCUUCCACUCAGUUCUGGGACAGGGGAGUCUUCCACUCAUUCUGGGAACAAUGGCAGUCUUCCCCACUGCAUUCUGGGACGUGGAGGUCUUUCCACUCAAAUUCUGGUGGUGUCUUCCACUCAUUCUGGGACAGUGGAGUCUUUCCACUAUUCUGGAAACAGUGGAGUCUUCCACUCAUCUGGGAACAGGGGAGUCUUUCCACUCAUUCUGGAACAGGGAGUCUUCCCACUCAUUCUGGGACAGUGGGUCUUCCAUCAUUCUUGGACAGUGGUGUCUUCCACUCAUUCUGGGACAGUGGAGUCUUCCACUUAUUCUGGAACAGUGGAGUCUUCCACUUAUUCUGGGACAGGGGAGUCUUCCACUCAUUCAGGGACAGGGGAGUCUUCCACUCAUUCUGGGACAGGGAGUCUUCCACUCACUGGGACAGGGGUAUCCGUCCACUCAUUCUGGGACAGGGGACUCUUCCACUCAUUCUGGGACAGUGGGAUUCUUCCACUCUUUUUGGGGAGGGGACUCUUCCACUCAUACUGGGGACAGGGACCUCUUCCACUCAUCUGGGACAGGGUUGGAGUCUUCACUCAUUCUGGGACAGUGGAGUCUUCCACUCAUUCUGGGACAGGGGACUCUUCAACUCAUUCUGGGACAGUGGAGUCUUCCACUCAUUCAGGGACAGUGGAGUCUUCCACUCAUUCUGGGACAGUGGAGUCUUCCACUCAUUCUGGGACAGUGGAGUCUUCCAUUCAUUCUGGGACAGGGGAGUCUUCCACUUAUUCUGGAACAGGGGAGUCUUCCACUCAUUCUGGGACAGGGGAGUCUUCCACUCAUUCCAGAAUAAGUGGAAGACUCCCCUGUCCCAGAAUGAGUGGAAGACUCCACUGUCCCAGAAUGAGUGGAAGACUCCACUGGGAUUCUCUUCCCAUCAUUCUGGGACAGGGGGGGUCUUCCACUCAUUCUGGGACAGUGAUCUUCAUCUCAUUCUGGGACAGUGGAGUCUUCCAAUCAUUCUGGACAGUGGAGUCUUCCCUCAUUGGGCUGAGGACGUGGAGUCCUUCCACUCAUUCUGGGACAGGGGAGUCUUCCACUCAUUCUGGGACAGUGGAGUCUUCCACUCAUUCUGGGACAGGGGAGUCUUCCACUCAUUCUGGGACAGUGGAGUCUUCCACUCAUUCUGGGACAGUGGAGUCUUCCCCUCAUACUGGGACAGGGGAGUCUUCCACUCAUUCUGGGACAGGGGACUCUUGGGAGUCUUCCACACAUUCUGGGACAGGGGAGUCUUCCACUCAUUCUGGGACAGUGGAGUCUUCCACUCACUCUGGGACAGUGGAGUCUUCUACACAUUCUGGGAUAAGGGAGUCUUCUACACAUUCUGGGACAGGGGAGUCUUCCACUCAUUCUGGGACAGUGGAGUCUUCCACUCAUUCUGGGACAGGGGACUCUUCCACUCAUUCUGGGACAGGGGAGUCUUCCACUCAUUCUGGGACAGGGGAGUCUUCCACACAUUCUGGGACAGGGAACUCUUCCACUCAUUCUGGGGACUCUUCCACUCAUUCUGGGACAGGGGAGUCUUCCACUCAUUCUGGGACAGGGGAGUCUUCCACUCAUACUGGGACAGGGGACUCUUCCACUCAUUCUGGGACAGGGGACUCUUCCACUCAUUCUGGGACAGGGGACUCUUCCACUCAUUCUGGGCGGCAGGGACUCUUCCACUCAUUCUGGGGACAGGGGAUGGUCUUCAACUCAUUCUCGGACAGGGGACUCUUCCAUUCAUACUGGGACAGGGGACUCUUCCACUCAUUCUGGGACAGUGGAGUCUUCCACUCAUUCGGGACAGGGGGGACUCUUCCACUCAUUCUGUGGACUCUUCCACUCAUUCUGGAACAUGGGACUCUUCCACUCAUUCUCGGGAUAGUGGAGUCUUCAAACUCAUUCUGGGACAGGGAGUCUUCCACUCAUCAGGACAAGGGGAGUCUUCCCAUCUUCUGGGACAGGGGAGUGGCUUCACUCAACUGGGACAGGGGGUCUUCCCACUCAUUCUGGGACAGGGAGUCUUCCACUCAUUCUGGGACAGGGGGACUCUUCCACUCAUUCUGGGACAGUGGAGUCUUCCACUCAUCUGGGACAGGGGACUUUCACUCAUUCUGGGACAGGGGACUCUUCCACCAUUCUGGGACAGGGGAGUCUUCCUUCCACUCAUCUGGGACAGGGGAGGCGGGGAGUCUUCCACCUCAUUCUGGACAGGGGAGUAUUCCACUCAUUCUGGGACAUGGGGAAUCUUCCACCUCAUUACUGGACAGGGGACUCUCUUCCACUCAUCUGGGACAGGGGGAGUCUUCCUCAUUCAUCUGGGACAGGGGACUCUCCACUAAUUCUCUGGACAGGGGACUCUUCCACAUCUGGGACAGGGAGUCUUCCAAACUCAUCUGGGAAACAGGGGAGUCUUCCACUCAUUCUGGGGACAGGGGAACUCUUCCAUUCAUACUGGGACAGGGGAGUCUUCAACUCAAUUACAGGGGAACUCUUCCACUCUUCGGGACAGGGGAACUUUCCCCCCCCCCCCCCAACCCUCAUUCUGCAGGGGGUCUUCCCACUCAUUCUGGGACAGGGGAGGUCCUUCCCACUCAUACUGGGACAGAGAGUACUUCCACUCAUUCUGGGACAGGGACUCUUCCACUCAUUCUGGACAGGGACUCUUCACUCAUUCUGGGGACAGGGGAGUCUUCACUCAUUCUGUGGGAAAGGGCAUCGGGCCAUUCUGGGAACAGGGGAGUCUUCCACUCAUUACUGGGACAGUAG